GAAAUUAGCUCGUGGAGUAACAAGCCGCAUAAGCAAGCAGCGAUGGAGCUGGAUCUAAAUAUGCGCAACGCCAAAUGGGCCCGCGAGCAAAACAAGCGGCGUGACCAGGCCAGAAGCAAAAUCGAGGCGGAGAGGCGCAAACGUACGGCUGCCGCCAAGGCGCGCGAGGAGCUGGAGAAACUGCAGAUGCAAAAACGCGUGGAACGCAUUGCGGAGCUAGAAAUGCAAGAGCAGCAGGCGCUGGAAGAGCAACGACUAACUGGUGGUAUCAAAUAUUUGCAGCAGCUGCGACCAGUCCCCACCACGGGGGACGGUGACAAGAUCACGCUGCCCGUGUCGGCAUUGGAGGAGCUCAACCCGCAGAACGCGCUGGAUCUCGGUGUGUUCACGUUCGAACUGUCGUUCGACGAUGAUCAGCAAGGUGGAGAGGCACCCACUGUAAGGAGUCAAACGCAUGCAGGCGUACUGGAGUUUGUGGCGGAGGAAAGAACGGUGGGGCUCCCGCCCAAGGUCGCUGCUUCGCUGUUCAGAUAUACCAAACAGCUCCCAGCCAGCAUCCAGGUGCGUUUUGUUCGGUUAGAGAAGGGCAAGUUUGCGAGUCUGCGGCCGAAAGGAGAAGGGUUUGGAGAUCGUCAAAUUGACUUUAAGCACAUGCUCGAGCGCUCGCUCAAGGCCCAUACGACACUGACGGAGGGCGACGUGCUAUUUGUCCGACACGGAAGAGAGACAUUUGAAGUGCUCGUCACAGAACUGAAACCUGACAGGGCUAUUAACAUCUUGAACACAGAUCUCGAGGUGGAUAUGAUCCCGUGCGAGGCAGUAACCAAGAAGAAGGAGGCUAAGAAACGAGUAGAAGAAGAAGCGGUGCGCACUGCCGCGUUGACUCGAGAAAAAGAGCUGUGGAAAGCGAACAAAAUGGCGAAUUUGGUGCCGGAGCCUCGUGCAGAUGAACGUCUUCAGGUUAAAAUGGUGUUGAGGCUGCCCGAGGGGCAGUCAACACGACGAUUCUUACACGCUUCGCCGCUUCAAAGUGUUUUCGACUUCGUUGAGGCGCUCACAGGCGAGGAUGCUCAGUAUUUUCGGUUGGUAGCUACAUACCCGCGUCGACUCUUUUGGAUAGAUUCCGCAGACAAGUCGCUGCAAGAACUCGGCCUGAAUGGCCGCCAAGAAGCGCUGUUUGUUGAAAAGGUGUCAGCGGACGAAGUUAUGCCUAAACCCGCUGCGAUAGAUGAGUCGUACGAAGAAGCCUCGGUAGCGCGAGAACGAACCCAACUGCCAGGUGCCUGGGGAGAGGCUCGACAGACUCUUGAAAAAUCGCUAGACGAGAGUAUGCACUCAACCGCUAUCCCUGCAAUCCACGCCAUGGAACCUGUCAUCUCUGUCACACAGUCAGCUGACCAAGAGACGAAGUGGCAAGUACAGUUGGGUGAGCUGAAGGAGAUGGGCUUCAUGAAUCGGUCGCUGAACAUCGAGGUGCUUGAACGGUAUCAAGGCCGGUUACUGCGUGUUGUCAAUUUUCUGUCUGAAAUGGGUUCAUCUGGCGAAGGCGCUGACAACGGUGUUAUGGUAAAGAAAGACUGA